UUUUCUCUCCUGAGCCAAGCAGAGCAGCCUGGUAGUCAUGUUGUUUUACAGAUCACUGAUCGCAGUGGUGGCGCUUGCGGCCAUGGCUUGCAUGGCGGCAGCCGGCGGUGGAUAUGGAGGUGGAAUCGGAAGUGGAUUUUCAGGCAGUGGAUUUAGCCAUGGUGGAAGUGGCGGAUUCGGUGGUGCCACAGGAUUUGGUGGAAGCGGUGGAUUCAGCGGCGGUGGAUUUAGCGGAGGAAGCGGCGGGUAUGGCGGUGGACGAGGUGGAGGCAGCGUCGUCCGCGCCCGCUUGGUCGGCGUUGGCGUUCUUCCUAGCGUCGGCGGCGGCUCAGGCUUCGGCGGCGGCUUCGGCCAUGGUGGAGGACGAGGAUCCUUCGGCGGAGGACAAGGAUCCUUCGGCGGAGGACGAGGAUCCUUCGGUGGAGGACGAGGAAGUGGCGGAGGAAGCUACGGAUGGUAAUCAUCAUACUCCAAGAACAUUUGGCUUG